AUAAUACGCACAUUUAUGAAGUAAGGUAGUCAAGGUGAUCUCGGAAUUGUUAUUAAAAUGCUUCAAAAUGAACGUUAUUCAAAAUAUAACAGCCCUUUAUUCAAAAUUGAAAACCUUAUGUAGAUUUAGUUCUUUCCACCAUUGUAGAUGUUUUGCAGAUUGUUUAUUAAUUCUUCUUUAUGUGUGCAUAUAAUAAACGUAGCCGUAUUUUAUAUGAUAUUCGCCUGAAUAUAUGGGUGAGAAGAGGUAUUUAAGUUUCGCUUUUUGCGGUUUCAGGUAUACAGAAGAUUUCUAAACAAAUACUCAUGUUGUUCUAUUUAAAAGCAGAACAAAAAGUGUUUCGUGGGGGUAAAAUAAUGAAAGCAUUACUUCUUAGGUUGCUGAAUUACCAUGAUUAUUUGUAUCAGGAUUAAUCUCAUUCAGAUUUACGAUAUUAAACUCACCAUAUACACUUUAAGAAAGAGAAAUAAGUGUAGUGAAUUUGUAUUAAAUGCCUUUUUCUUUUCAUUAAAACUUUCAUAAACACCAAAAAGCUUUUCGAAAUAGUGUUAUACCGAUUUUUAGUCAUGAAUUAUUGUAGAGAUUUUAUAAACACUGUUCAAUGAUUGUCGAGUACAUAUUCUGCCAAAACCACUGUAGGGUAUUUUUCGACAUUUCGCUUCAGAUUUGGUAAGAUCCAAUGACUUGUUGCAUAUUCGCCACCUUAAACCAUUCACAAAAACAUGCAACCUUGGGACAAUACAACGCGUUCCAAAAUUUCGAGCUAUUCUGAUUUAUUAACAAUGAGAUGCAAAACGACGUAAUAUGUAUUCUUAAAAAUCCAUUUCAGAAAAGUCGAUCGAUAAAUAGUGUGCGAAACUGGAGUUCUCUAGCUACAAACAACAGUAAUUUACCUGAUGUAUGGUUGUAAGUAGCACUGUGUAUCCACCAAUUUGUGAUAAAAUAUUGGAGCUCUGAUUGUUUUAGGAAACCACUGAUUUUAUCCCUCAGGUGAAUUUUUUAAGUAUACAUUUAAUAAACAACAAACUUUGUUUCACUUUAAUGAUCCAAUAUCUGAUAAAUGGGAGUAGUUUAGAAAAAACACCUGAGCCUUUGUUUUGUCAUUCCUUUAAAUUUGUCAUUAAAUUUUAUUUAGGGAUAGAGUUGCAGCAAUACGAAAUGAAGUUUCUAAAGGUCUAUUGGUUCUUCAAAAAUUGUUGAACUACCUUGGUCAAUACUGAUAACUAGAAAGAUAAAACUCACAGUCAUUUCACCUAUCACCUUUAGUAUUACUUAGAACGAACAAUACAAACUGUUUUAACUGUUACUACAGUGAUUUUUGAAACACAUUUGAUUAUCGAUUUACGAAAUAUUUAUUACUGUCUAUUUUUGCUCCGAUUAUACAGUAGCUUAGGACAACCAAACACACGGGUCCCCUAUUGCUGAUUUGGUCAUGAUGGUAUAUUUCUAGCUAGAACAAAUACGCUUCUUUUUGGGUGGUUUGCUUGUUCUGUUACAUAGAAACCUCAUUCUAUUGGCAGAUGAAAAGUAUCACUAAUUCCCAAUAACACUUGAAGCAAAAAAGGAUAUUAUUAUAGUUACCCAACUAUAUUGCAUUAUUACAUGGAUAUUCACAACAAUUCAGUUAGUUGAAAAACUUUUCAUUCUGUCAGAAAUAAGUCUCUUAGAGAACAUGUCCGUAGUUCAAGUUUGUUAAGCAACGUCUGUCAAGUAUUAUUAUUCUGAAAAUACAGUAAAGCACAACUUAAUACCUAUCCGAAGAUUUUACAAAGUUAUUCUUGGAGGAUAUAUGUUAAAAUAAUACCCAGUUUAUUAAGUAAAUGUAUGUUGCAGGUAAUGAAGAAUGGAGUGUUAUCAUUCCCUUAUUCCUUUUAACAUAAAUGAGACCGAUUUUUGUAAAACAUUCGGCAAAGAUUUAUUAUGAAGUGUUAUUUCUAUGUCGACUUUUAAUGUGCAUGCCGUGCGGAAGUGAAAAUUUGGUGAGUUUAUAUACUAUAUUUUUGUAUGAAGUCAGUUACUAGUGAUUAAAAAUUAUCAGGAUUAAAGGAGCUUAUUCUAUUCCAUGAUUUGAAAUAUGCUAACACUUCGUUAUUGAGGUGAGAAAGUUGUGCUUAGUUUAUGUAACCACUUUUUAAAGACUUAUGCAUUUAUUUGGUUCUAGAUUUUCAAAAGCAGUUAUUAAGAAACAAUUAACCGAGAUUUAUGGCUGUUUAGCCAAAUCAUAAGUUUUAUUCUACUCACUGGGUGAAAACAUAUCUUGACGACGAGUAUAAGUUAACACAAAACUUAGAUUUAUGACAUUCUACUGAUCACUUACUGUAUUGAUCACAUUUAUAUGCAAGUAAUUUAGAACUGCUAACAACGUAUUCUAAAGUUAUCAUGUAAUUUUUAAUUCUCGGUUAAACAUUUUAUACUUAUCCUUAAAAAACUAUUCUGAAUCCACUCAACUACCGAACAUGACAUACAAAACACCUAACAGUGUUCCGUACAUAAUAAAACAACUUGAUUUAUUUCAUAUUAUAGGCUGGUAUUGUAGUGAGGCUCAGACCAUUAUAAAAUUGUGAUCUUCACAACUAAACAAUUAGGGAAACCUCUUAAGUUUAUGGGAUAGAAUAAGUUGUUUAACAAUGGUAAUGAAAAACAAGAUUUUUACAAUGGCAUGUUUGAAUGUUAUUGGUAAUAUAAAUAACUGUUUCGAAAUAUUUUCAUCUAAUUCCAGGUCUAUUUUAUUUUCAAUUGGUUUGUUUCGUUAAAAGCACAAACAACAUUUUAAUAUUAAUAUAAUUAAUGAUCUUAUGAGAAUUUUGUUUCGGAAAAAACUAACUCCAUUAGUUACUAACUUUCAAGCAAAUGUAAGCAACAUUUGUGAGUCAUAUGAUGUAAAGAAAAAGGAUAAUUUGGAAAAUAUUGAAUAUUGUAAAAUAGAAUAUACAAAUUCGGCUGAAAAGGAUGUCAUAUCAGAUGUUCAGUCAUCAAGUCUAGGUUAUAAUUCAUCUUCUCAUUCUUUGCCGAUCAAUAAUAAUGAAAAGAAUAAUUUAACAAAAGAUAAAAACUAUGGAUAUAAAAUUAAUGAAGAUUUAUCAUGUUUAACUGAAUCAAAUUUAUGUGAAAAAGAGAAUUUAUCAGGUCAUAUGAAUAGUGAACCUUUAACAAGUACUACUACUCAAUGUUUAAAUGAACAAAAAUUAAAAAUACAUGAAAAUGAUUCAUUAGAAACAGUGGAAAAUGUUAACAAAUUAAUAUCUAAUAAAAAUGAAUUAAUAAAAGAAGUUACACAAAUUACACAUUCAAAACUAUCUACUUUUCCUAUUAUAAAUAAUAAUAAUAAUGAAAAUAAAUUAUUGCGACGAAUUAAAACUGAGCGUCACUAUAAUAAUCAUAAUAAUGUACAAUUUAAUACAAUCGAAAAAAAUUGUCAGUUAUCAACAGAACGUUUAAAAAUAGCUAAAGAUGAAGUUGAUGAAGCAAUAAAAAGUCGAAAAAUAUUUUCUAUUCUUGGUCCUUAUAAUCGUAUCAGAAAAGCAUUACGAACUCGUGGAUGGAUUGAGAAAUUUGAUGUCAAUAUUGGACCACCAGGACAAACUACACAGGAAUCAAAGAAAACUAUCCGAUCGAUUGCUAAUGUAAAAACUGUACGAAAUUCCAAUUCGUCUUCGAAUGAUACAACACUAGAAGAUUCUGAAGAUGGCGAUUCAGAUGAUGAUGUGACUGCUGUGAACGAGGAAAAACAACGUGUUCAACCGUGGGAAGAAGAUAGUGGAUACUAUGGAUUAUUGUCACGUAUGGUUCGUUCAGAGUUGCCAAGAUUUAUUUGGUCAUUACGUAAAAAUCAAGUUGAUUUUCAAAACCUUCAGAAAGAUCAAAUCAUUAAUCAUCACAGUGGUGCACCAUUUACAACUAAGGUUGGACUAUGCAGACAAUUACGUCAAAUAAGAUGGUUUGCUGACUGUAAUGCUGAUUACUUUUUCCCGCGUUGUUUUAUCAUCAGUGAAGAAGAUGAUCGGCAAUCCUUUAUAAAUGAUUUUAGAUUAACAGCAUGUAUAUCCAUCGUAAAAAUGAUUGCAAAUCUAAUUUCUGAUGUUCAUCAAUUAGAUUCAGUUAUAAUUCAAUCCAAUCCUAAAAAUGUUUGUGAUAUGAAUAAUUUAGGUGAGACUAAUGAAAAUGUAAAUGAUACAAAGGAUUCUAACGUUCUGGAAAUUGAAAGUUACCCAAAUAUUGAUUUAUCCAGAGAUAAUACUUUAUCUUUUUUAAAUAACACAAUAUCCUAUAAAAAAGUUUGGAAUAUAAAUUUACCACCAAGCGAUUUGUUGAACAAUUUUGAAAUUCCAGAUGAAAUUAUGGAAUUUUCUAUUUUUCAAUGUCAAGAAUUUCUUAAAACCAAGUAUCACGACGAUCUUGACAAGUCAAGUAAACAAUCAUUUUCUUCUGAAUAUCCUUGGGAUAAAUUUUUAUCUUGGUAUUAUCAAAUAAUAAAAAUGCCUCAUUUACUUGUGACAGCUAAACAUUUAUCAUCUCAUUGUCAAUAUCUUUGUAAAUUACUUAAAAAAUAUUGUCCACAAUUUGAUAUGGAUGGAGUGCGUAAUGUUUGGAUUGUAAAACCUGGUGCAAAAUCAAGAGGGAGGGGUAUUGUUUGUCACGAUCGAUUAGAUGACAUUUUAAAAAUUGUACAAGGUAGUGUAUUUCUUACUGAAGCACGUUAUAUUGUACAAAAAUAUAUUGAAAGACCAUUAUUAAUAUACAGAACAAAAUUUGAUAUUAGACAGUGGUUUCUUGUUACUGAUUGGGCACCAUUAACUGUUUGGUGGUAUCAAGAUUGUUAUUUAAGAUUUUGUUCUCAGGAGUUCACUUUGAAUGAUUUCAGUGAAUCAAUACAUCUUUGUAACAAUUGUAUACAAAAUAAAUAUAAAAAUGGACUUAGAUCAUUGAAAUUACCAGAUGAAAAUAUGUGGACCUGGGAACAAUUUCAAACUUGGCUAACUGAACAGGGUCAACCAAAUUUAUGGACUGAGAAAAUUCAACCAGCAAUGAAAAAUGCUGUUCUAAAUGUACUUUUAUCUUCACAAGAAUCUAUCGAACCUAGAAAAAAUUGUUUUGGUCUAUAUGGAGCAGAUUUCCUGUUAACUGACAGUGAUUACAGAAUAUGGCUUAUUGAAAUUAAUUCAAGUCCAUGUAUGUCACCGAGUACAUCUGUUACAGCUGUAUACACUGCUAGUGUAUUAGAAGAUACUUUGAAAGUUGUUUUAGAUAGAAAAUACAAUCGUAACUCGGAUGUUGGACGUUUUGAAUUACUGUAUAGACAACCGUUUCAUAAUCCAUCUAAUAUGUACACUGGUAUGGAACUUUAUGUAAUUGGAUCAAAAAUAAGUAAACCACAGUUGGAAAAUACAACUAUUCUACGUUGUUUUAAUAAAGCGACACUUGAUUUCAAUGGUCAGUCAUUAUCAAAUCCAGAAGUGAAUGUUAUGUCAAAAAUUGUUAGAGAUAAGAAGAAUAUGUCUCCUAUUGUCCUGCAAAUGAAAUCACAAACACGAAAAGAAAUUAAGCCAUCGAACAUAAGUCAUGAGUAUGCAUGCACGGCGGAAAUAGUUAAAGGAAUGGACAGUUUAUUACCACCUAUGAAGUGUGGAAAACUUUCAACUGAUAAUCAAUCAACUGUGAACAUAAAUACUGAUAAUCCAGUCAAACAUUUACAAUCAGUGAAGGAAACAAGAAAAGAUUCACGAUCAAAAUCUUGCAAAUAUGAAAAUAAAAUGAAAUUUUGCAAUGUUCCUACUGUUUUAAAUGCUGUAAAAACUAUUGGGUCUUUGACUGGCUUGGAAUCUGGUGUUUGUCUAUCAAAAUACAACGAUGAUAUUUCACAUGAUGACAAUCUUUUAAAAUCAAGUCGAUCGGAGUAUUGUCUAAAAUCAUCUCUAGAAGAAUUAGUUAAAUCGAGAUCACUCAUAAAUUCCUCUGGUAUUUCAGAUGUUAAAGAUUCCUCUACAUCCAACUUCAAUCAAUCGAGGCUACAACAAGUGAAUAAAGGUGAGCUGAAUCAGUAUACUGAAUAUGAAACAUACACUAACACAAAUCUGUAUUCUUCUCACAAAAGUAUACAUGGUAAAAAUAAAAAUUCACAGUCAUCGUCAUCAUUAUUGCCUAAAAUAGAUAAAGGUCGAAAUCCAGAUUCUAGUAUAAAACUAGUUAGUUUGAAUUUAAAUCGACCGAGAUCAUUGAAUAAAAUAAAAGAUUUUCAUUAAAACUUGAACAUCGAAACAAAAAGUUGAAUGUUAACACAAUACAUGAUACAACUUCAUCUAAUUCUAAUUCAACACAAACUAAUUCAAUUAGAUAUUUACGUGAAAAGAAACUAUCCAAAGGAGAAUUACAUUUUGAAGAGAUUAUAACAAACAAUGAUAAGCAACUGAUUAAUAGACCAAAUAAAUUGCCAACAAUUGUUAAGAUCAAACCUGAAUCUUCACAUCAAUCAUUAACUUAUCAGUCUACACUUACUAUAGAUCAACUAGAUACAAAUUAUGUGCAGAAAAUGCCUACUUAUAAAAAUUAUGUUGAUAAAAUCAAAUUGAACAUUUUACAAUUUAAUGAAGGAGACAGUUAUGUGAAGCAUAUUAAUCAUGAAAAAUCAAAUCAUAAUAAGUUGUAUAAACAUUUACAGAAAAGAUGUAUCAUUCUGCGUAAAAUGAAAAAAAUUAGAAAGUCACCAGCAGUACGAAGAAAAGUAUCAACUUGUCAAUCACAGUCAAAACUUUCUAAAGUCUUAAUAGUAAAUCAAAGAUCAGCAGAUUUAACUAUGAAUGAUAAUUCUUCAAUGAAUUUAGAUGAAGUUUACAAAUGCCGAAAAUUAAAGGACAGUAGUGAUAAUAAUACUACUGAUGAUAAGAAUACUGAUAGUAAUAAUAAACUCAAUGCUAGUAACUGUGAUUCCGGAAUUAAUUCUGGUGACAGUAUCACUUUGGAUAGUAAUGAUCCAAAUAAAAUCUCAAAGAUUAUUACCUCUUCACCAAAAUCCUCCCUGAAGCAAAGUUCCACAGAUUCAGGAUUUGAUGAUGAGAUAUCAACUCAAUCGAAAACCUUUUUACCACUAGAUAAUUUUUCGGCAGUUAUUGCUAACAGGAAUAAUAGUGAUAAUAAAGCGAUAUCUAAUGAUAUUUCACUUUGUAGGUUUAUUCAUUCUAGUAAAAUGUUCGUUAAUUGUCGUAACACAGAUGACACAAAAUUCUACAGGUACAAUAUUAAUGAUAAAUUUAAUCUGAAAUUCCUUUCUCGUAUCACAAACGAUUAAUUAAUUGAAAGUAACAUGAUGGUCGGUUUAUUGCAGUCUAGUGAUGAUCCAUACUUAAUUGUCACCUUAUCUCAUUUUUUUUCUGUUCUGAAUUGAUUAAUUACUUUUAUUCUCAGUUGUCUACAAAGUUUUAGCUUCAUUCACUACUGUGAAAUCCUUAGUUUACUGUGAUAACCUUCAACUUUGGGAUGAAUUAUUAAACGAUUGUUUUGACUGAUAUAUAUUUUUCACGAACCAUUUAAACUUACAUCUUGUCAUUUUAUUUUCAGUGUUCCACAAGUAUUUCUCCAAUGAAUAUGUAAAUCAUUUAGACUUAUUUUUCAUUUAUCAGAUAUUUUAUUUGUUUCACAAAUCGAUAAAUUGAUUGAAAAUCGGGAAUGAUGAAACGUUUUUUAGCUGAAUUCAACUGGGUAUUUUAGUUAUUACCAUUAUGUUACAAAUAGACAUUAUUUACAAGUA